GGCAUUGCGCGGCUGAUGAGAGGUGAAAAUGUUGCCUCUCUUGUCAGCACAGUCUUCUCAAUUCAGGCGCUUGCUGCAACAACCUUGGAACGAACCGACUCAGACGAACCGGCCCGGCCCGGCCCGCAGUCACAAGCCGAAGCAAAUCCACGCGCAACCGCAGAGCGAAUCCAAUCACCGCACGGCUCUCCGCCCGCCACGCCACGCCACCACACCAAACCGCCGCGAUGCCGCGCGCCGCCGGCCGACCCCCGCCGUCGGAGCAGGGCCCGAGCCCCUCCCCCUACACCCCGGCGGCGGACUCCUCCGUCGCGGCCCUCAUCGACCGCGCCACCUCCACCACGGCCCCCUCCGUCGACCCCGCCCUCCUCCGGGCCAUCAAGUCCUCGGCGCGCGCCUCCGACGGCGCCGUCCGCGACGCCUUCCGCCUCCUCCUCUCCCUCAUGGCCAAGCCCCACUCCCACGUGCGUGCGGCUCCUCGCCUUCAGCAUCGUCGACGAGCUCUUCAUGCGCUCCAAGCUCUUCCGCUCCCUCCUCGCCGACACGCUCGACGGGUUCCUCCCGCUGGCCGUCGGCUUCCGCACCAACGAGCAGCUCCCGCCGCCCGCCGCCUCCGCCGCCACGCUCCGGAAGGCCGCCAUCCAGGCGCUCGAGCGCUGGCACCACCUCUUCGGCGUGCACUACCGCCAGCUCCGUCUCGCCGUCGACUACCUCAAGUCGUCCGCGCGCAUCCAGUUCCCCGGUCUCCGCGCGGCCGUCGAGGCCCGUGCCGCGCGGGAGGCACGCACGCAGGAGAUCUUGACUGCCAAGGUCGAACAGUUGCGGUCCACGAUUGAGUCCAUCAAGGCUGAAAUCCGGUCCACCAUCCAAGAGAUCCGCAACGGGCUGGACAUCAUCCGGGCUGAGUAUGAGAAAUUCGAGCGUUAUGCAGACGAUGAUGACGAGGAGGAGGAGAUUGCUUCAAUGGCGAUGCGGAGUAUCAGGACAGCAUCGUUGAUGGCCGGGCAAUGGGUGCCUGAAACUCAGGAAAACGAGGCGGUUUUCGAUGCGUUGAGGGAGGCGUACCGGCUCCUUGUAUCGAAGCAUUUCAGCACGAUUCAGGAUUGGAUAUCUGUGCUUGUCAGGGUCAAUCUUGCAGAUAAUCGGUUCAGAGAUUCUGCGUUGAAGGAAUUCAUCGAUGUUAAGAAUGAAAUACGUGCUGUAAGAAGCCAGUGCAAUGAGCUUGGUCUUGAUCUUGAUAAUGUUCGUAGGAAGAAGGAUGUUCAGGAGGAAGACGAAGAGGAUUGGGUGGAGGGAAAGAUUGAAGUUCCUAGUCCUCCUAGAGUUGUGAGCAAUCUAGAUGUUGCAGGUUCCAGCAAGGACAAUAGGAAGGGAAAGAGCAUGGUGAAUUCUGGCAAUGGUGACAUGGCAAAUGGUGGUAAUAGAUCUCAGGAGAUGGAUCCAGAGAGAAAAAAGCUCCUUUCCGAAGCCCCUUUGGUAUCAUGGAGCUCUGUCUUGGAUCGGUGGGGUUCAAAUAUGGAUGCACAUGUGAACCAGAGAGGGCUUGAGCUCGAGAGCCAUUGGGGGAGGAUGGAUAAUGAUGCUGUUAUACCUGCAGCAAAGAUUGCAGAGUUAAACGUUCACCAUUCUGUUUAUAAAGAAGAGCCAGUUGAGAUCCUACCAUGUCAUGCACCUCUGAAGAAAGGAGGUCUUUGCCAGAGAAGGGAUCUCAAGAUAUGCCCUUUUCAUGGGCCCAUCAUCCCACGUGAUGCAAGAGGAAAUCCAAUUGGCAAAAUUGGUGGCAGUUCUGAUGCGGGAGGCGAUCCGCUUGAGCAGAAAGUAGACAUUCAUGAGGCAGGAGGAGAUCCGAUUAAGACAAAUGGAGGCAGUGGUAGUGAAAGUACACAGGAGGGUCAGGAGCCCUCUACUUCACUGGUUACAAACAUAAAUAAUGACACCAGCAACAUCGAUGGUGCGCAUGAUCUGAGUAAAAUUACAAUGGACCAACUGGCGAUGCAAGCAAUUAAGAAUGUUCGGAAAAGGGAUAUGGACGACAAAGCACGCGAAAGAGCCCAGCGUGCGAGAAUCCGCCAGCACAAUGAAGAUGUUCUGCGGCAAUCGGCUAUUGCUUCAACGCCCCACUCAGCGGCAGCAUAUGACCAGCCUUCUGGAACAUUGGGCCGACGUGGUCGACGUCGAGGUAAGACGAAGGAACCUACACUAUCAUCAAUGCUGAAGAAGAAAGUUACCGCAAAAGAUAGGAUUGCAGGGAGGCUUCUAAAUGGUCAUGCUAGGGACGCAACAAUAAGAGAAGCUUCUAAUACUGAGGAUAUGACCUACAGGGAAGCAUUCCCAAAUCAGUGGCAGUGAAAGCACCCUGAGUAGGUCUUUCUUCAUAAUUAACAGUUUCGUUUUGCUGUGCUGUUGUAUGGUGAGGUGUGGCUGAUAUUCCCUUGCACGCUUGAAGUGCUUGAAGUACGCGGGACACUGAAGCUGCUUCCAACCUGUGCAUGGAAAAUUUCAGAAAGGGAAGUUGUAGACCAUUUGUACUGGCAGUCGGAUUGAGAAUCCAAAUCAGAACAACGCGACAGUAAACAAGCACUCGAUUUUGUGAACAUGCCAAGCAGUUUGUCCUUGUUGCUGACCUUCCUUCCACGAUCAUCCAGCUUCUCUGGAGCUACACCAUCAACAUCCGAGAUUCUGAACUGGCCUUACAAUAGCUCAGAUGAGGUGGCGAUAAACCGGAUGAUUGAUACAUAUCGUUUCCAUAAGGAAGGGUUCCUGUUUUCUCUCUGGUCUUCUGUUCUGUUAUCUUGGUUUUGCCUUGGCUUGUACCGGGCAAUGAACAGGUUGGCUCUAGGUUGUAUCUUCUGCAAUGGAAUUACUGUUAGCUAUCAGAAGUGUACUCAAUGCCCCACAGUUUAGCUUGGUGCUGCCAUCUUGUGUGCAGUGUGGUUCUUAGUUUCUGUAGAGUACAUAAUGUCAGCUCAACAUUUUUUCCCAUGUUCUGUAUUUAACCCAGUAACCAAGUCUUUGAGUAUGUGUUGUGCCACACUGUUCUUCUCCAUAAGCUUUAUAAUUUUGCAA